GAUCUUUCUCUUCGAGGCCCUCCAACCUCCCUGGGGGAGGGAGGAUCUUCAUUCAACUUUUCGAGCCGUCUUGAUUUGACAGCCAAUGAAUGGCAGGUUCGGUUCUCUUCGGCAGAUGAUUUCCCCGUCACUUAUGUGAAGGAUAGGCUGCGAUUCUUUUUUUUUUAAGCGCCUUGAAGGCAUUCCACGGAUGCCAAGGGCGAUAACUGUCACAAUUGAUGAAUCAUGGAUGGUACGAAUAUGGAGCGACUGGAAAAAAGAAAGUGCAUAUGCCCUGGAAAAGGCAUAUUGAUGUAUCUGUAUCGUCCAAAAUCCGGAAAAGGCCAAGAAGGAAACCUCCGAGGUGGCCCUCCACACUGCUAGUCUUCUCCUUAUACUCCGUACUCUGUACUUUCCGCAUCACUUGGCAUGAGCCGUUACAGAACAGGGGCGCGGAAGACUCGGGCGACGGUUCGACAUUGUCCACUACGCGAUGCGGUCGAUCGGAGGAAACGCCUGCUGACAUAUCAGUUCACGAUUACACGAACAUGAUGCAGGCUCAUUGGCUUCGCAAGUCAAUGGACUCGGAAUGUGAAGGGAUAGGAUAGCCCGUCCGACCUGCCAUUUCGUCACCUGUGAACUCCGUACGUACGGACUGCUGCAGUUGCC